AUGUCUGGCGCAGCUCCUCCACCAGUUCCGAGGCGAAGUCCUCGAAUCGCCGAGAAGAAUCGCAAGAGGCUUUACGCUGAUACUCAACAAUCGACUUCGGCUUCAAAAAUGACCCCCGGAUUCAUCGAGAAAGGCCGACGAAAAAUCGUCAAAGCGGCACGAAAGGCGGGCAAGAAGGCCAAAACAGCGGCAGUUUCUUUGCUCGAGAAAGAAGCCAACAAAAUGCUCGCGCGACCUCUUCCUCCGAUCCCUCAGUUCGCUCCUCCACCAGCUGAGCCAGAAGCACCUUUGCGCCGAGAGUCGCUUUUUCGAACACCGCCUGAAUCGCCCGAGCCCAAAAAGAAGAAGUCUGUGAUUAGCCAGGCGUUUUCCGUCGCCAAGACUAUUGCUAAAGGAGUUGGAGCCGUGGCUACUUCCGAUGUUGGAGUGCAAAUUUGCGGAAAUGUAGGCGACUACACCGGAGGAUUUGCGUUUGCUCGAUCUCCAAACAAGCCUCGGCAGAAACCUUCCUUGCGAGUGCGAACAAUUUCGCCAAUGGCGAUUGCUGGGCCGUCUCGACGCCAGUUGCUCUUCGACGAUGAGCUUCCAGUGCCAAGACUUCGACCUCGACGACCCGCUCCACCAAUUCCUCGAAUUUUGGAAGUCGAAAACGAAGAAGAGGAAACUCGCUUCUUCACUCCAGAAGCCACUACUCCCGUCAAGGCUCGAGAAAACUUCAAGAAAGUUGUUGAAGAACUCAAGACGAAAAACACUUGA